AUGGUUCGUUUCGUUGCGACGUUCGCCGCGCUCGUGCUCCUCUUUGCUGCGCAGGUUGCGUCGCAGAGCUCGUCGUCGGUGCCGUCUUCUAUGGCACCGGUGACGAAGCCGACGACGUCCGCAAACGGCCAGUCGGGCUGUGUGCAAUACGGUGACUGUACCAAAGGCUCCAAUACCUUCAAGACCGAGACGCAAUAUUCGCCCGUGACGUCGCCGGGAUCUCACAGCGUGCCGAACCUGACGGACGCGUCGGCAAGCCGCUCGUACGUCGACUCGCUCGCGCAGCAGGGCGGCUCGCAGGCCUACGCGCAGAACCCUUACAGCGGCCCUACCACGCCGGUGCCGCAGCCGACGUCCGUGACGUUUAACACGGUCGUAUCGUCGGACGGAAAGAAGUAUACUACGGUCGCUGUCAACACGCAGAACGGCGCGAGCUCGCAGAAAGCCGUGCCGGUGCUCUUUGCCCUCGCCGUGGCGGUGGUGGGUGGCGCUUUGUUGUUGUAG